CAUGCGUGCUGCCACGCAACUACUCUCACCUGCUUGUUUACAAUCUCCUCAAUCCUUCAUGACAGUUGGAGACAGCUAGAAAACGCUGACUUCCUUAUCGACAUCGUAUUUUAAGAUUAACACGUACAUGUGUCCUUAUCCGACGUGUAUUAUUCAUGGUUCUGCUUCAUGGUUUGAUUUUAGCCUUCCGUCGUCGCGUUUGCCGCGUUAGCCACCGAUGCUAGCUGGCGAGCUAACGGCUCCGUAGGGAACAAUGACAGCGACGCACGCCGACAGUGGCGGCGGUUUGGCGGCCAAGGGGCUGGAUAUCAGCCUGGCUGCGUUACAGAGACAGGAUCCGUACAUUAAUAACAUCAUGGACGUGGCCAGCCAGGUGGCGCUAUACACGUACAACAACAGAGCCAACGAGUGGGAAAAGACAGAAGUGGAAGGCACACUUUUCAUCUACACAAGGCUGGCGUCUCCCAAACAUGGCUUCACCAUCAUGAACAGACUCAGGAUGGAGAACCUAACCGAGCCCAUCACCAAAGACUUGGACUUCCUUCUGCAGCACCCCUUCCUGCUCUAUCGCAACGCACGGCUGGUCAUCCACGGCAUUUGGUUCUACGACAAGGCGGACUGCCAGCGCAUCGCCCAGAGGAUGACAACUCUGACCCAGCAUGAGCAGGCGGCGGCUCAGUCUCAGGGCGGUUGGUUGUCCUUAGAAAGAGACGCGUCAUCAUCAGGAGGUGGAAAAGGAGGAGGCAGCAUGGGCAUGCUUCAAGGCGAAGAAGGGAAGGAGGUGGACAUCAUCCAGAUGUUGACCAAAGCGCACACAGAAUACGACAAGGAAAAGUCCACAUCAGAGCCAAAGGAAAUCGGUGUCAGCAGUUUUCUCUACGGGGGUGCAAACCUCAUCAAACCCAUACCUGUGAAGCCGCCCACUCAGGACAGCGAUGGCGGUGACAGCAGGUCGUUGUCGGUGGCCAUGUUGUUUGGAUCUCACGUCUCCAAACGUGACCCCGCCCUUCCUGGAGCCAGGAAAGGUGACCACCCUCCUGCGGCUCGCACGCUCACCUAUGAACCUGUGGGGGGGCAAAAGGGCCGGGAAAAUGCUUCAUCGCGGCAGCAGCCCUGCCAUGCCAUCCAGAAGCUCAUGCAGGGACAAAGGGGUCCAGCAGGGGGCAUCCUCCACACGCUGUCCGAGUCCCCAGAGAACAAACUGUGCAACAAUGACCACCAUCAUCUUCAUCAUCACUAUCAUCCACCCCAGCAACUAGACCCUAUCAAGAGACUUUUCUCGUACCAGCCCCCCACUCAUGUUCACCCCACACCUUGUUGCAACGCCCCCUCGCAGCACACCACUCAGCCCAUAAUGGCCGCCUGCUCAGCGUGUCCUCGCCAGCCUCACGUUCUCAACAUGCUUCCUCCUCACGAGCUCCUCCACAAGCUCCAGCUGGUCCAGCAGGAGCAGAGUCUCGCCUCCCCGGAACCCCCGCAUUUCGGACCUGCCCUGGCCCCCCGAUUCCAGCGCACGCCGGCACAUCAACAGGCGCCUUCCUCACAAAGCAUCCCGGCCACCACCUUGCUCCUCUCGCCCAGCGUCUUCUCUCAGGUGAAAUCAGAAGGCGCUCAAGACCCCGCCCCCUCCAGAGUCCUGUCCAGAAGCCAGCUCCAAGCCACCUUGCUGCACCUUAUCCAGACAGACCGCUCCUUCCUGGACACCAUCUACGACGCUUACGUCAGCCAUUUUUCCCACCCGUGACACACCCCUCCUCCCCAAAUAUGGACUUCCUCUUCCUGUGGAUUGCAAUCAGAAAUGGCUACUGGUGGUUACAAGAAAACAUGGCAACAAAUAAGGCUUUUUGUGAAGGAAAAAGGAUGCUCUGAGGUUUUAAAUGUAGCAGUUUGUUGUUCUAAAAGUUAAGUGUCGUUUUUACACACUUUCAUUUAAUACUAAAAAAAUUUUCAAGUUUACUUCCUACAUUCAUAAAUUUUGAGGUUGAA